AAAAGCUCAAACCGGAUGCAUUUCUCGGCCGUUGCUCGCUUGUAGUGGCGGUAUGAAAAAUGGCCAUCGUCAGAUUCGGUGAACUAUCGGAGCCUUUUCCCUUAAACCGUCCGUCUCAUUAACAAAGCGGGACAGCGAGCGAUGCGAGUCGGAGCGGCGGCCGGCCCAAACCGGAGCUAGCCGGCGGUAGUUAGCGUGUUCCCCGGCCGCUGGAGCGGCUCUGUGUCCGGCUGAAGCAGAUGGGAGCCGCGGUGAAAUCAAGCAAAAGGCGGAAGACUGCGUAUCCACAGACACGGCUACAGCUAACUGUUCGCUCCGACAUGCAGGAAAACGGAAACCGACUGUGCAGGGUUUAAAGACAGCACAGGGAACAUUUCGACUGGUGACCUCCUCCUUUAUGGAGCCACGACAGGACGCCUUGAACUGAGUCGGCUCCAACACUCGGCUAAACGCGGCGCUCACUCAAACUCAGGAUGGCGAGCAGGAGGAAGUCCACCAUCCCCUGCAUGGUUCCUCCCCGAGAAACUGUGGACUCAGACCAAGAGAUGCAGGACGUAACGGGCUCAGCGGAUCCAGAGGACAGCAACGGUGCGGCGACCAUCUCCUCGGAGGCUUCUGGCCUGCUGGAGGAGCGAGGCGAGGAGGCCAACGGCAGGCGUGACGCCGCGGUGUCAGACCCCUACCUGGACUUAAACGCAGCGGAGGGAGGCUACGAGUGCAAAUACUGCAGCUUCCAGACGUCAGAGCUCAACCUGUUCACCAUGCACGUGGACACGGAGCAUCCCGACGUCGUCCUCAACACCUCCUAUGUCUGCAUGGAGUGUGACUACCACACCAAGAGCUACGACACGCUGCUGGCCCACAAUGCUCGGCUGCACCCGGGCGAGGACAACUUCACACGGACGAUGGUGAAGCGCAACAAUGAGACCAUCUUCCAGCAGACGGUGAACGACCUGACCUUCGACGGCAGCUUCGUCAAAGUGGAGGAGGACGAGGCGGAGGAGACGGCGCGCAGAGGCAUCGCCUUCAGCAAGACGCCUAUCAUGAGGAACAAGAGCCGAGCCGAGCCCAAGAAGUUCACCGCCGCGCACAAGAUGCCCGUCGACGACGUCAUCAAAGUGGAAAGCGACGACGAGGACGAUGACAAGGAGCCGCCCGCGCUGUCGCCUGCACCGACAGCCCCCGCUGCCGUUGCCCCUCGCCUCAUCCCUGUCACCGCGCCGCUGCAGGUCCAGGCUGUGCCGCAGAGCAUUGUGGUGAACAGCCCCAACGUGCUGCAGAUUAAAGGCGGGGCCUCCCCCGCUGGUGGCGGCGUGCUGCCUCCGGGGACGCUGGCGCAGGUUCUGUCCGCCCUGCAGAACCAGCAGAACAGCACGCAGACGCAGCUCCUCAUCCCCAUCAGCAGCAUCCCCACCUACAACGCAGCCAUGGACAACAACGUCCUGCUGGUCAGCGCCUACAACAGGUUUCCGUAUCCCUCGGUGUCGGAGAUCGUGGGCCUGUCGUCGCAGACCAAGUUCAGCGAGGAGCAGAUCAAAGUCUGGUUUUCUGCUCAGAGGCUCAAACACGGAGUCAGCUGGACGCCGGAGGAGGUGGAGGAGGCACGGAGGAAGAAGUUUAACGGCACAGUGCAGACCGUCCCUCAGACCAUCACUGUCAUCCCCGCUAACAUUGCCGCCACCACAAACGGCCUGCAGAACAUCUUCCAGACGUGUCAGAUCGUCGGGCAGCCGGGCCUCGUCCUCACUCAGGUGGCCGGGAACAGCGGCGCAGUCCCCGUUGCCUCUCCCAUCACGCUGACGGUCGCGGGCGUCCCCGGCAGCCAACCCAAAGCCGCCGAGCCGUCGGCAUCCGAAUCGAAUGUCGAGAUGUCGUCUUCGUCGGCCGGUGCGUCGCUCGGUCUGGACUCGACCGCGAGCAAGCCGAAGAAGUCCAAAGAGCAGCUGGCAGAGCUGAAGGCGAGCUACAGCCGGCGGCAGUUCGCCACAGAGGCGGAGAUCUCGCGCCUCAUGCAAGUUACCAAACUAUCCAAGCGAGCGAUAAAGAAGUGGUUCAGCGACACGCGCUACAACCAGAGGAACUCCAAGGACCACCACAGCCUGCUCCUGAGGGAGGCCACGCCUGCCAGAGCCGCGGCCGCCGGCGGCCGAGGAGGAAGGAGCAGCAGCGCUGGCGGCAUCAGCAUCAACGACAGCAACAACAGCGACAACACCGCCACCAUCGUCAUCGACUCCAGUGACGACGCCAGCGACUCCUCGCCGACCUCGGCCGGCGCUCCGGGCUCAGCCGGGUCCUCCAGCGACCUCCGCGUCAAAUUCCGCCACGCCUUUCCCGACUUCACGCCGCAGAAGUUCAAGGAAAAGACUCCGGAGCAGCUGCUCGUGCUGGAGGCCAGCUUCCAGAAGUCGGACACGCCCUCAGACGAGGAGCUGAGCCGGCUGCGGGCGGAGACAAAGCUGACGAGGCGUGAGGUGGACGCCUGGUUCACGGAGAGGAGGAAAAUGCCGUCAGUGGGUCAGUUGAAGGACAGUGACGCGGAGGGGGACGGCGAGAAGGCGAAACCGGCCGCCGCGCCUUCGUCCUCGGCUCAGGAACGACAGGGCACGCCGCCCAUCAGCAGGAAGUUGGUGAAGAAGACGCCGGAGCAGCUCCACAUCCUAAAGAAGGCCUUCGUCCGCUCGCAGUGGCCGACGCCCGAGGAGUACGACCAGAUGGCGAAGGACAGCGGGCUGCCGAGGACGUACAUCGUAAACUGGUUCGGAGACACGCGCUACGCCUGCAAGAACAGCAACCUGAAGUGGUACUACCUCUACCAGAGUGGGAAGGUGGACGAGGCGUUGAACGGCGGCGCGAAGAGCCAGAAGAAGUCCAGGAAGCGUUUCCGUGGUUGGUCCAGGAGGACCCGCCGGCCGUAUCCCUGCAAGCGCUCUCCACAGGGCGGCGACGGUGCCAUCAAGGUGAAGUCCGGUAAGGCUUUUCUGAAGGAGUACUACCUCAAGCACCGAGCCCUGAGCGAGAAGGACCUGGAUGAGCUGGUGGCAAAGUCCAGCAUGAGCUACGAGCAGGUCAGAGACUGGUUCUCCGAGACCACCAGGAGGGCGGAGGAGGGCACGGAGGUCUUCAGUGACGAGGAGGCUGAGGGGGAGGAGGAGGAAGAGGAGGAGGAGGCGGCGGCAGAACAUGCAGACAGCGAGGGAGAGAUGGAGGUGAAAGAACAAGGAGAGGAGGCAUCGGACGACGACUGUGUGGAGGAAGAUGAGAAGGACGCAGAAGAAGAGGAGGAGGAGGAGGAGGAUGAAGAGAUCCAGGAGGGAUCUGAAGGUUUCAGCCAAUCACAGCCGCAGACAGAGGAGCAGACAGGUUUAUCGUUGCUCCCCCCGCGCAGAGAUGACGGAGGACGUGGUGUUUCUCAGUUGGUGGUUCGGGACCCAAAGACGGCCGCGAGUAGCUCAGAUGGACGUUCGCUUGUCGAGCGGUGGGUUGGAGCCUCGGAGGCGAGUUUUGGGUCGCGGUGCAGCUGAGAAUCGCUGCGAUGGAGGACGGAGCGUGUGGAUUUAGUCUGCCGGGGACCGAACGGCACCACGAUUCAGCUCUGCUCCUGUACAAAUGACAAGCUUUUACUCUGACAGCGACUCGGCUUUUACUCAGUUUUUCAUACAGAACUAAAAAGAAAUCAGCGUUUGUAUAAAGACAGAAGUCCAGGACAUUUCUCAGAGGUCAGACCUCGCAUGGUUUUCUCUUUAUUAAAAGGACUUUUUUCAGAGUAACGGAGGAACCGCCGGACAUUUUUUGUGGAGGGAUCGUCCUCUGGCCCGGAAACACUCGGCUCCUCUGAAGACGAGGUUUUUAAAACCGCUCCGAUAAGUCGGAUCAGUGCCAUCCUGUUUCUACGAUUGUUUAAAUAAAGACAAACGCAGCGCUGGAAAGAGAUUCACAGCAGACUUUACACUUUUUGUAUUUUUCCAGUGAUUUCUUAAAGUCUGAACGACAUAAAACAUAAUGGAGGCUGAAUCAGUUUUUGUUUUCAGGCGUUCGGGUUCAGUUUCAACAUCAUUUCAGUUUGAACCAAAACAACCAACACUGAGAACACGUGACGCACCGUUAACGGGAAAAUCCACUUUAAAACUGAGAGCGUGGUCGGUUUUACCCUCUGCAGGGUAACCACAGACGAGCACGCCUCGACAUAAACAGAUUUUUGAUUCUCGCUGUUGUUUACUCGUCUGUGCCGACGGAAACCUUUAACCGCAGA